GCGUCAGUCGGGCCGCGGCGACGGCGGCAAGAGCGCGUCCCGGCGCCGCCUCGGGCUCCACUCGGCUCGGGGUUUCUCCAGGAGGAGGAGAGCGAGGCGAGGCGCGGCGAGCCGCCGGCCCCGCGGACCGGGCGCAUGGCUUAGGGACGCCCCCGCCCGCCGCGCCCCCAGCAUGGGGAAACUUCACUCCAAGCCGGCCGCCGUGUGCAAGCGCAGGGAGAGCCCGGAAGGUGACAGCUUCGCCGUGAGCGCCGCCUGGGCUCGGAAGGGCAUCGAGGAGUGGAUCGGGAGGCAGCGCUGCCCCGGCGGCAGUUCUGGGCCCAGACAGCUGCGGGCGGCGGGCACCGUUGGCAGAGGAACCCGGGAGCUCGUGGGUGAAAUUUUCAGAGAAACGCUCAGUGAGGAGGAAGAGGAAGGCUUUCGGCUAGAAGUGGCCCUGCCUCCCGAGAAGACAGACGGGCUGGCCAGUGGAGACGAGAAGAGGAGGGAGAAGGCGAGUGAAUCUUGCCCGGGUCCCAAGAAGCAGCUGAAAUUUGAAGAGCUACAAUGUGACGUGUCUGUGGAAGAGGACAGCCGGCAGGAGUGGACCUUCACCCUGUACGACUUUGACAAUAAUGGCAAGGUCACGCGUGAGGACAUCACCAGCCUGCUGCACACCAUCUACGAGGUGGUUGAUUCCUCCGUCAACCACUCCCCGACGUCGAGCAAGACCCUGCGGGUGAAACUCACCGUGGCCCCCGAUGGAAGCCAGGGCAAGAAGGGCAUCCUUCUCAAUCACCCUGACCUGCAGAGCACGAGGCCCAGAGCGGAGACCAAGCCCGCUGAGGAGCUGCGCAGCUGGGAGAAGAAGCAGCGAGCCCUGCUCAGGUUCCAGGGGGACAGCCGUCUGGAGCAGUCUGGUUGCGACCACCAUUGCGUGGACGAGAACAUUGAGAGGAGAAACCACUACUUAGAUCUCGCCGGGAUAGAGAACUACACGUCCCAGUUUGGGCCUGGCUCCCCGUCAGUGGCCCAGAAGUCAGAGCUGCCCCCCCGCACCUCCAACCCCACUCGGUCUCGCUCCCAUGAGCCAGAAGCCAUCCACGUCCCACACCGAAAGCCCCAAGGCGCGGACCCGGGCUCCUUCCACUUCCUUGACGCCCCAUUCGCCAAGGUCUCGGAGGUCCAGCAGCGGCUCCGGGGUACCCAGGAUGGGAGCAAGCACUUUGUGAGGUCCCCCAAGGCCCAGGGCAAGAGCGUGGGUGCGGGCCACGUGGCCAGAGGGGCAAGAAGCAAGCCCCCUCUGGGCCCCGCCGCCCCCGCGGUGUCCCCGGCCGCCCAGCUGGCCGCCAGCCCGGCCCUCCUCCCCACUCUGGCACCCCUCGGGCACAAGAAACACAAGCACCGAGCCAAGGAGAGCCAGCAGGGGUGCCGGGGGCCGCAGGUGCCGCUGGCCGUGGGCGGCAGUGUCGUGGGGCGGGACCGCGUGAGGGACCUGCCCGCCGUGGUGGUGUACGAGAGCCCGGCCGGCCAGGCGGUGCAGAGACACGAACAUCACCACCACCACGAACACCACCACCAUUACCACCACUUUUACCAGACAUAGACCCCUCCCCAGGAAGCCCCGCCCUGCCAUAUGAAGGACCCCCUCCCCCGCCCCCCCAGGCAUUAUUAUUCUAUUAAUUAUUGUUAUGAUGAUGAUUAUUGUUAUUAAUAAUUAUUGUUACUCCACUAAUAUGCAGCUAGCCUCCAUGUAGAAGAUCUAUGGAAACACAGAACUAAACUUUUAUUUAUAUGUUGUGAGGACUGCAUAACUUUACCCGAGAAAUGACUCUGGGUUUGGAAUUGGCCUGGCCACCGGCGGAGGCUCGCGCGGGCUCCCGAGCUGCGGUUUCCACGCAGGCUGGCCCACGCCCGCCCCAGCUCUGGGGGAGCCCCCCGCCAGAACGGUGCCCUACCCGAGUCUCUUCCAGGAGAACGCCCUUACCUGGCCCGCUUCCAGAGACCCUCGAAAUCUCCGAGAAGAUAAACAGCUGCUACCUCUUAGUAUCAUUCUGAUUUUAUUUUGCCCUUAACUGAUUGUAACGUGCUACAAGGGAUUUCAGCGGACUGCAGACGUGUGACCUUCCUGGCUGUCGUGGUUUUUUACGUCCCAGCCUAGGAACCCUAGAUGUCCUUUCUGGCGUUCUCUUUCACGCCUUUCCAGUGGGAUCACAUCCUUGCCCAGAACCGGUCCCCUCUUCUCUGCCAUGCACAACAGGAAAAUACGCUUCUGGUCCUCCCUUCCGCUUUUCUCUCUUCUUUAGAAAGAUACACACACAUAUUUAAAGACUGCCCCCAAAACCAGCCUUCUCAUUUUGGAAACCUCUGGAGAGGGAACCCAACCACAGAAACAACUGUGGUUUUCCAAGAUCAGGCGCUUGUGUGUUGUUGGUUGUGGCCGAAGAUGUAGAGACCUCGUGUUCUGCCGCUGGCAAAUACACACGUUCCUACACGGUUCUCUAUCAGAGCUCCUGUAUCUACAGCCAGGUGCCAUCUGUCCAUUUCUAUGUAUCUUUCGAUAAAUAUACACUCUCAGGUACCUGUUCUGGUGUGCAGAGAUCAGUGGCUUGCUUCUCUAGACAUUUCCUGAGCCCAGAUGUGACCCUGUGUGCCUCCUGUUUGGACCACUCUCCAUCAGAUGCGAAUGGUCACUUGCUUCUCAUUGGCGGGUCCUUUUUGGGGGUUUGGGGUCUGGCAGAUUGGGAGAGGCUUGCUGGAGUCUAGAAGCUUGGAGGGAAAUGAGGACAGUGGCCAGAGCUGGGACCCUGGAGUAGUGUCCUCCACAGAGCAGGAUUUUAUCUGAUGAGGGCCCGGAGAGACUAGGAAAAGGACCACUGGCAACUAGUCGGGGUCCCAUGAAAAACAGAUGACACACACUCACGCUGGGUAAUUUGAGGGAAUAUUUAUGAAGUGUGGGCAGAGCCUCCGGAAAGAGUGCAGGAUCGUGGGCUAGCAAUGUGUGGGGCGGCUCC